AUGUGCGAUUGGUUUUGGAUUAUAUCAGAAACUGGAUACGUGCUCGAUGUCUAUUGUGCUGGAACAACAUCAGGAACAGCAGUAGUCUUAUUUACUCUUAAUAAUCAACUUCAUCCUAACAAUCAGUUGUGGAAACUUGAUGGCGAAUACCUUGUCAGUAAACAAACCGGAUAUGUAUUAUCACUAAACACUUGUCCGAUUAAUGAUCCAACUCUUGUAAUCAAACCAAAGGAUAUCAAUGAUAAAGGUCAACGUUGGUAUUAUAAUCCCGAUCUCUUGACUUUUACUAGUGGUCUACCAUAUUACGUUUUGACUGCAAAGAGUAAUACUAUUUCUGAUCCAAAAGCUCUUGGAUUGACACAUUGGAUUGAUCAAACAGCUAGAAAUCAAAAAUGGACUUUUGCUAAAUGUACAGGAUAUGAUAAAGAAGGUGGUUAA